AUGUCAGCGGACGCGCUCAAGGAUGUUAUAGGGGGGGGCAAGGACCUGUACGCCUUGCUAGAGGUGAGUAUCUCUAGUCCCGAGGAGCUCGAGGCGGUCGAUGCUGCACAGUUAAGGGCUCAGUUCCGUCGCCUGGCGUUGCGCUACCACCCAGACAAACGUCGCGACGACACCCAACAGAACGACAAGUUCGUAAGUGUACAGAAGGCGUACGAUAUUCUUUCAAACUCCAGUCUGCGUGCAACAUACAAUCGAUGGCUGAGCUGCCGAUUGUUUGGCGAUCCAGAACGGCGGCGUCUCGUGCGCGAGCUGCACCAGCGCGAACAGCUGCAGGUGCGGCAGAAGGAACCGAUGGACAAGGAUAUACAGAACAUACAGAGCUACGGCCAGCUACUACGCAAAAUGCGUCAUCUCCGCAUCCCGUAUGGCGACUGGCGGCCGAACACAUCCAUAUCACGUGAUUCAACUCUCGUUGAAACGUGCACUCUAAGGCUGCUGCUGCGACAGAAUAGCACCACCAAUAGCAAAAGCAGCAUGCUACAGCUCUUCCAGAGGGCCAAACUGCACAUCGUUGAUCUCUACUUUUCGUCCAGGAACGUGGAUACAGAGAAUGAUCUCGUUUUGUACGCCGUGAUGCCUGAUGUCGAUACCAUGCUCGAUUUGCUGAACAAUUGGGCCGUCAAACCUCCAUUGAGCGAACACAUUCUACAGGUUCAACCGCGCGUCCACACAGACUACUUUCACUUUAAAACCGAUAUAAGCCUCGAUAAAACAAUAACGGAGGCAAUAGAUGCCGAUAAUCAGUAUAUGUCAUCGUUUUAG